GGCAGCAGACGUGACCCCCCAAUCCCCUCCAUAGUGUUGAACAGGGCAAACUGACAGCUCUCCGGUCAGCUGUUUCCCCAGGCUAACUCGGAAUAAUCAUAACGAUUACAACCGAAUUAUUAACGGUAGACAGUUGGAUUCAACGUAGACGAUCAAAACGUUACGAAAUUGCUAGCUUGCUUCGUGUGUCCCAUUUUUUAUUUUAUUUUUCUUCCGCAAGCUAGCACGAAUCAGCUAACGUUAGCUAACAAAUCUCUUCGAAACCGCGUCAAACAACUUGUUAGCGUAGCUAGGCAUUUUUUUAGCUUUUGUUGUGAAGGAAGGACUUUACAAUGGGAUCCAGAGCAUCGACAUUACUGAGAGAAGAGGAGAUUGAAGAAAUCAAGAAGGAGACAGGCUUUUCCCACAGCCAGAUCACACGGCUCUACAGUCGCUUCACCAGCUUGGACAAAGGAGAGAACGGCACGCUCGGUCGGGAAGAUUUCCAGCGGAUCCCAGAGUUGGCUAUCAAUCCUCUGGGAGACAGAAUCAUCAAUGCCUUCUUUCCUGAGGGGGAGGACCAGGUGAACUUCAGGGGCUUCAUGAGGACCCUGGCUCACUUCCGUCCUAUAGAAGACAACGAGAAGAACAAGGACCCCACUGCCUCUGAACCUCUCAACAGCAGAAUCAAUAAGCUGCUCUUUGCUUUCCAGCUGUAUGACCUGGACAGAGAUGAUAAGAUCUCCCGUGACGAGCUGCUACAGGUUCUUAGGAUGAUGGUUGGUGUGAACAUCUCUGACGAGCAGCUGGGCAGCAUCGCUGAUAGGACCAUCCAGGAGGCCGACCAGAACGGAGACAACUCCAUUUCCUUUAAUGAGUUCAUCAAGGUUCUGGAGAAGGUAGAUGUUGAGGAUAAUGACUGACGCUGUUCCUCCUCAGGUUCUGGAGAAGGUAGAUGUUGAGGAUAAUGACUGAAGCUGUUCCUCCUCAGGUUCUGGAGAAGGUAGAUGUUGAGGAUAAUGACUGAAGCUGUUCCUCCUCAGGUUCUGGAGAAGGUAGAUGUUGAGGAUAAUGACUGACGCUGUUCCUCCUCAGGUUCUGGAGAAGGUAGAUGUUGAGGAUAAUGACUGACGCUGUUCCUCCUCAGGUUCUGGAGAAGGUAGAUGUUGAACAGAAGAUGAGCAUCCGCUUCCUGCACUGAGACACUGAUUGGCUGCACUUCCUGACAGGACUGUCUCUCUGAUUGGCUGGACCUUUUACUACCACCACCAUGCACGCUGGAACAAGACCUAAGCUGUGUCUCUCUCUGACCCCUCCCACCAUACAGUACUAUGCUAUAUCUCUCUCUGACCCCUCCCUUUCUCUCUCUGACCCCUCCCACCACACAGUACUAUGCUAUAUCUCUCUCUGACCCCUCCCUUUCUCUCUCUGACCCCUCCCACCAUACAGUACUAUGCUAUAUCUCUCUCUGACCCCUCCCACCAUACAGUACUAUGCUAUAUCUCUCUCUGACCCCCUCUCCCUCUCUCUGACCCAUCCCUCUCUCUCUGACCCCUCCCUUUCUCUCUCUGACCCCUCCCACCAUACAGUACUAUGCUAUAUCUCUCUCUGACCCCUCCCUUUCUCUCUCUGACCCCUCCCACCAUACAGUACUAUGCUAUAUCUCUCUCUGACCCCUCCCUUUCUCUCUCUGACCCCUCCCACCAUACAGUACUAUGCUAUAUCUCUCUCUGACCCCUCCCUUUCUCUCUCUGACCCCUCCCACCAUACAGUACUAUGCUAUAUCUCUCUCUGACCCCUCCCUUUCUCUCUCUGACCCCUCCCACCAUACAGUACUAUGCUAUAUCUCUCUCUGACCCCUCCCACCAUACAGUACUAUGCUAUAUCUCUCUCUGACCCCCUCUCCCUCUCUCUGACCCAUCCCUCUCUCUCUGACCCCUCCCUCUCUCUCGGACCCCUCCCUCUCUCUCUGACCCCUCCCCCCAUACAGUACUAUGCUAUAUCUCUCUCUGACCCCCUCUCCCUCUCUCUGACCCAUCCCUCUCUCUCUGACCCCUCCCUCUCUCUCGGACCCCUCCCUCUCUCUCUGACCCCUCCCCCCAUACAGUACUAUGCUAUAUCUCUCUCUGACCCCUCCCACCAUACAGUACUAUGCUAUAUCUCUCUCUGACCCCCUCUCCCUCUCUCUGACCCAUCCCUCUCUCUCUGACCCCUCCCUCUCUCUCGGACCCCUCCCCCUCUCUCUGACCCCUCCCCCCAUACAGUACUAUGCUAUAUCUCUCUCUGACCCCUCCUCCAUACAGUACUAUGCUAUAUCUCUCUCUGACCCCUCCCUCUCUCUCUGACCCCUCCCCCCAUACAGUACUAUCACCUCCCUCCCUCUCUGACCCCCUCUCCCUCUCUCUGACCCCCUCUCCCUCUCUCUGACCCCCUCUCCCUCUCUCUGACCCCCUCUCCCUCUCUCUGACCCCCUCUCCCUCUCUCUGACCCCCUCUCCCUCUCUCUGACCCCCUCUCCCUCUCUCUGACCCCCUCUCCCUCUCUCUGACCCCCUCUCCCUCUCUCUGACCCCCUCUCCCUCUCUCUGACCCCCUCUCCCUCUCUCUCACCCCCCCCCCCCCUCUCUGACCCCCUCUCACUCUCUGACCCCCUCUCACUCUCUGACCCCCUCUCACUCUCUCUGACCCCCUCUCACUCUCUCUGACCCCCUCUCCCUCUCUCUGACCCCCUCUCACUCUCUCUGACCCCCUCUCACUCUCUCUGACCCCCUCUCACUCUCUGACCCCCUCUCCCUCUCUCUGACCCCCUCUCCCUCUCUCUGACCCCUCACUCUCUCUGACCCCCUCUCCCUCUCUCUGACCCCCUCUCACUCUCUCUGACCCCCUCUCUCUGACCCCCUUUCCCUCUCUGACCCCCUCUCUCUGACCCCCUUUCCCUCUCUGACACCCUCUCCCUCUCUCUGACCCCCUCUCACUCUCUCUGACCCCCUCUCCCUCUCUCUGACCCCCUCCUCCACCAUACAGUACUAUGCUCUUUCUCAGACCAAGGAUUUGUUAGAUAAGGUUAAAGUUUUUGUAUUAUUUAGUCUCUUGUCUGUUUUUGCCUUGCACCGCUCUGUAAACUAAAGGGAAUACUUGCGUGCCUUGGGUUAUUUUUAUGUUGUCGCUACUACGGCUUCUCUAAGAGAUGGACCCUUUAUGGUUUAGACCAAUCAACGUUGAAAUAGACCUGUGUUUAUCACCAAGGCUCUGCGCUAGACCUCCUGUUCAACCUUUGACCCUAAACCUGAUGUCGUUCCAUGUAAUGGUAUGUCUUUGUUAUGGGUGAUGUGUUGUUAGCCAGGGCAGAAAAGGACAAAUUUUGCCCUUUUUUUUUUUUUUUUUUGCGAACUUAUCAAUUCCAUGAUGAGGAGACAUGUUGCUGUUUUCUUUGUCAGUAUCAAUAGGCAGAUAUAUGACAUUUUCACUCCAGUAACAUGGCAUGGCGUUGUUAACGCUAACGAGGAUCGAUGUCCCUUCCUCUUCACUGAGCUACGACUUGUUUUUCUAGAACAAAGUUUGCUUCCUGAAUGUCCUUAUAUGGAGAAUUCAUUUUGACUGGGAGCCAUAGGAUUCCAAUAGGGCUCUGGUCGACAGGAGUGCACUAUGUAGGGAAUAGGGCUCUGGUUGACAGGAUUUCACUGUGUAGGGAAUAGGGCUCUGGUCGACAGGAGUGCACUGUGUAGGGAAUAGGGCUCUGGUCGACAGGAGUGCACUAUGUAGGGAAUAGGGCUCUGGUCGACAGGAGUGCACUAUGUAGGGAAUAGGGCUCUGGUUGACAGGAGUGCACUAUGUAGGGAAUAGGGCUCUGGUCGACAGGAGUGCACUAUGUAGGGAAUAGGGUGCCAUUUGGAACAGUCCCCUGAGCUUCCUCCGUCUCUGGCAAUUGGAGCUCUCACUAUUAAUAUACAUGGACAUAAUUUUUUUGUCUUUUUUUUCUCCGGUUCAUCAUGUUUUUGUCUCCCCAUCUGUCAAUAUCAUACGGGUCAAAUGGGAACCAAAUGAUCAUGUUUUUAUUUGUCUUACAGGUCAACCUACCUAGCUACUGCCAGUCAACUGGCCAUUUCUGAAAUAGCACCCUAUUCCCUGCAUAGUGCACUUCUUUAGACCAGAGCCCUAUUCCCUAUAUAGUGCACUACUUUAGACCAGAGCCCUAUGGGUCUCAUAUCCCUCUAAUCCGGUGAUUAGGAUGCUAUUUGGAACAGCCUUCAUUUUUGACUGCAUCAGACAUAGACCCUCUCUGGUCACGUGACUGUAUGGUGCAGAGGCUCAGAACCAGUCUAUUUACGCACACACAGCGCUUUGUCCGUGAUCAAUAGAAGAUUAAAAGACUCAUUGUGAAUCAACCUAGAUUAGCCUUGUAUGAAUAAACACACACUGUACAAUGUGUUGUCACUGUUUUGAUGAUCAUCGGGUUAGUUACAGGUACUUCUGACGGAGAGGUGGGGGGGGGGGGGGGGGGGGGUUUGUUUUCUGUUGUAUGCUUAUGAAUUUGAACUAGUAAAAAUGUUAAUAUAUUUACAGAACAUUAAGUUAUGUGUUUGUGGGUCUGUCUUUUUAAAUGAUAACACUUUUAUAGGUUCACCAGCUGCUCCUUGAUGCUGGAAGUAGAUAUUUUAUUUUUCAUCGGUUAGUUUUAUCAAUCAAAAUGUGAUCAUCAAAGUCAAAUGUACUAUAUUAUAUAUAUUUUAUCUUGUGAAAUGUUUUAUUGAUUUGAUUGAAAUAAAACAUAAGUGCUUGCUCAAAAUGAAA